CCUGGGAACCUUAUUUUUAGUGCGUCAUUACUGCCUUCUCCUCUAGAUGGCAGUCAUCAUGUUUUCAGCUCGCUGUAGCUACACCACAGAAACACCAAGGUCGGAAGUUGAGAUUGCAGCAUGUUUUUGUUUGAUCAAGUUUGAACUGUUUUUCAAAAAGGCCAUAAUCCUCAUAAUCAAGUAACGGACUCGAUAUACGAUUUGUCUAACGUUACUAACGUUAAGGCUGAACUAGCGGUGAAAGCUUGUAGGCGUACCCGGUGCGAUGGAGGGUACAUCGCAACACGCAGGUGGCAUGGAAGGGUCCUCACGACUGGCCGUGGCCGGGAUGAGGGCAGCGGGAAACUGGGACGGAGAAACAACAGAUCCCGCGCGGGACACAAAGACCCACUUUCGUGUGUGCCGCUUUAUCAUGGAGACAGGGGUGAAGUUGGGCAUGCGCUCGGUGCCGGUGGCGUCUGCGUGUGUGUUGUACCACCGUUUCUUCCAGUGUUUGAGUGUGAGUGUGUAUGAGCCGUACCUGGUGGCCAUGAGCUCGCUCUACCUGGCAGGCAAGCUGGAGGAGCAGCACCUGCGCACCCGUGACAUCAUCAACGUUAGCCACAGGUACUUCCACAGCAGCAGUGCUCCUCUGGACUGUAACUCGGAGUUCUGGGACCUGAGGGACAGUGUGGUGCAGUGUGAGCUACUCGUCCUACGACAGCUCAACUUUCACGUCUCCUUCAAACACCCGCACAAGUUCCUGCUCCACUUCCUGUUGUCCGUCAAGGCCAUGGUGAACCGUCAUGCCUGGUCUCGGACCCCCGUCGCAGAGACGGCCUGGGCGUUGCUUAGAGACUGUUACCAUGGGCCCAUGUGUAUCCGUCACGAACCCCAGCACAUCGCCAUAGCAACACUGUACCUCGCCCUGCUCAGCUACGGAGUGGAACUGCCCACAGGAGGGAGAGAGUGGUGGCAGGUGCUGUGUGAGGACGUGACACGAGCUCACAUCGACGCAGUGAUCUCUGACCUCCUGCAGCUCUACGACCUGGAGGCCAAGUGCAUCUGAGAGGGGCGGAGGGCUGGAGGACUGGAGGGGCUGGAGGA